AUGGUCGCCGCACCGCCCUACCACGUUCCCCUGCCCCACCUCACGAAGGAUAGCUGGCGCGACGAGGCUGCCAAGAAGCGCGACCAGCUCGCGUCCCUCAUCCCCGCCGAGUGGCAGCUCUCCCCCGAGGCCCUCGACGCUGCGGGCGACGAUGUGCGCGGCCUCGCUGCAUCGAGCGGCAUCCUGAGCGACCGCGAGCUCGACAUUACUGAGCUGGACGAGGUACAGGAGCUCGCCAGCCGCAUCGCCAAGGGCACCUACACGGCCGUCGAGGUCACGACCGCCUUCUGCAAGCGCGCCGCCAUCGCACAACAGCUCACCAACUGCUUGACCGAGAUCUUCUUUGACGAUGCGCUCGAGCAGGCCAAGAAGCUCGACGACGUCCUCAAGUCGACGGGCAAGCCAGUCGGCCCUCUUCACGGUGUCCCGGUCUCGCUCAAGGACCAGUUCGACAUUGCCGGCAAGGAGCUCACGAUGGGCUACGUCUCGUACCUCGGCCGCAUCUCGAAGCGCGACUCGGCCCUUGUCGCCCUUCUGCGCGACGCAGGCGCCGUCUUCCACGUCCGCACCAACGUUCCGCAGACGCUCAUGAUCGGCGACACGUUCAACCACCUGUUCGGCCGCACGCACAACCCGAUCAACCGCAAGCUCAGCCCGGGCGGCUCGAGCGGCGGCGAGGGUGCGCUCAUCGCCAUGAAGGGCUCGAUUCUCGGCGUCGGUACCGAUAUCGGCGGCUCGGUGCGCAUCCCGUCCGCCUUCUGCGGCCUGCACACGAUUCGUCCAUCGACUCGUCGGGUGCCGUACGGCCUCGCGACCAACAGCAUGCUCGGCCAAGAAGCGAUCCUGUCGGUUCCCGGCCCCAUGGCCCGCUCGCUCGCGUCGUGCACCUACUUCAGCCGCAUCGUGUUCGGCCUCGCCGCCAAGUACGACGCGACGGCCCUUCCCUUCAAGUUUGACGACGCCGCGUUCGAGACGGCCAAGAAGCACGACAAGCUGUCGUUCGGCGUCAUCCGCACCGACCUCGUCGUGACGCCGACGCCGCCCGUCAAGCGCGCGCUCGACCUUGCCGUCCAGAAACUGCGCGACGCCGGGCAUGAAGUGCUCGAGUUCGACUGGUCCGACUUUACCGGCGCGUGGGAGGUCGCCUGCGAGCUUUACGACGCCGACGGUGGCGAGGACUUCCGCCGCACGCUCGCCGCCAUCGACGAGCCGCUGAUCGAGGGCCUCAUCAUCGACCCGAACGGGCUCCGCACGACGUACGAGGUGUGGCAGAUCAACCGCACCAAAGAGGCGCUCCAGCAGGCCUUCCUCGACCGGUGGAUGGCGAGUCAGGCGCAGACGUCGACGGGCCGGCCGUUCGACGGCUUGCUGUGCCCGGCGGCGCCCAUCCCGGCCCCUCGUCCUCUCGGCAACAAGCAUGUCGGCUACACGGCCAUGUUCAACCUCCUCGACGCGCCGUGCACCGUCUUCCCCGUCACCAAGGUCGACCCGGCCGUCGACAAGCCCGACUCGGCGUUCAAGGCCCUCACCGAGGUCGACCAGCAGAUCCACGACGAGUUCGACUCGACCUUGACGGCCGGCCUACCCGUUGCGCUCCAGGUUGUCGGACAGCGUUGGCGCGACGAGGAGGUGCUCGCCGUCGGGCAGAUCGUGGCCGACAUCGUCGGCAGCCAGAAGUGGGAGCAGUGAGAGGGCGAGGGGAGCGAGCGUCGCUCGACGGAGGAGCGCUCGCGCAAGGGUCUGUAUCGAGGGAUCUGGGCGUAGCUCGUCUCUCUCUGUUUGUCUAUUGCGCCUGCAAUCUGGAACGAGUGCGAGCG